CCCGCCUCGGAGUCCCUCACGUGCGGUAUGCCGUCGCAAAGUCGCAGACAACGAUGGAGGAGAGGAGGAAGAAGAGAUGAACAUGGAAGAUUCGUGCGUGUUUUGGACUAAGAAACAUGAUCGUUACGCUAUCAGCAGUAGAUGUUAUGCGAUUCCAUUCUUAGUUGUGUUGUCUGUUGCAAGUGAGUCGAAGGGCUCGUUUCUGAACAUUCGAGUUCCACUUGGAUUUCGCUUCGCAUUAUCCCCCAUCUUUGAUAAAGUUUGACAUCGUUUUGCAGUUUUCAGCGUCUUACCACAAAUCUGCAUCUACUAAUACUAUAAUCUCUUCCCCUCCAAGAACUCAGUAGUAGCUCAAAAAUGUCCAAUGAUGGGCCAAUUAUUGAGUAUUGCUCCAGAAUUUUUCAGAUCCGAAAAACGUGUUGGUCGAUGCUUGAAGACCGCGGAUUCAAAGUUACAAAUGAGAACAAGUCGGAGACAAUCGUCCAAUUUAAGGAAACAUGUACAGAUCGGGGACACAUCCUUGACCCGGGACUUCUCACAAUGCGCUCGCAUAGAGUGGAAAAUGAGAAACAGAGGAUCAUGGUGCUGUUCUGUGGGAGAAAAGACAAGUUUGUGACAGAUGAUGCAAAGUAUGUCUUCUCCUGCAUCGAUGACGAAUGGAAAAACACACAGGCAGAAUCUCUGACUGCGGUUGUUAUCAUCCACAAGAAUCUAACUUCAUAUGCCAAGAGAUUUCUUGUCACAGAGCAUCAGAAGCGGUAUCACGGGGGAGGGGAGGGGCCUCGUAUGAAGAUCGAGUUGAACAUCUUCUUUGAAGUUGAGCUGGUAGUGAACAUCACAGAGCACGAAAUGGUGCCCAAGCAUAGGAUCAUGUCAGGGGUGGAGAAAAAGAAGCUUCUACAGCGCUACAAAGUGAAUGAUGACCAGCUUCCUCGAAUCCUCAUCAGUGACCCUGUCGCCAAGUAUCUUGGACUAAGGCGUGGAAAUGUUGUUGAGAUUACAAGAGACUCUGACACUGCUGGGCGAUAUGUCACUUACAGGAUCUGCCUGUGA